AUGGGUCGCGAGCAAAUGCAGGCUCGCCUCAAGGAGCUAGAGACAGAGAAGUCUGUUCUCGAAUGGGCUCUUGAAGCUAGUCUUCACGAGAAAGACGUCGACUCUGACGAUGAGCACAGCAAGUCCGGCUCUUUGUCUACCUACACUAUGGCGGACUACCCAGCCUCAGACGCUGAAGGACAUGCCGCCCCGGCUCAAAUUUAUCUGGCUGGGUCUAUCACUGAUACUGAGUCCUCUGUCUCGCUCCAUAGCGCUAAGCAGUCCGUCUACUCGGACACCUCUACUGUGGCUCGUAUCCAAUUCUCUCCCACCAUGCAGGUUCCCCAGGUUAUUCAUUCGGACCCUGCAUCAUACUGCUACGAUGGUACUGGUAUGUCUGAAGACGGCUGCGAAGAUGAGGAGACUAUCCGCGGCUCAACUACCUGCAAAGGAAAGGAAAAGGAGGUUUCUGAGAACAACAAUGCCACUGACCCCAACUCCCCUCUCAACGUCACCAACCCUCACCCGACUCUUUCUAUCUCGACCAAGUUCCUUCAGAAGGCUAUCUUCGACAGCCGCAAGCCCGGAACUCCCUUCGUCCGUUCCAUCAUCCACCGCGACCGUGUCGACGGCAAGGAAAUCACCUUCAAAUGGUCCGAGAGCGUUUUCGGAUGCGAUUAUACUGAGUGGAAGUGGAUUCCCUUCCUUGUCUUUGGCCCUGCUGCUCAGCUUGUCUCGACCAACAUUGCCGAGGGCGACAUUGAGAUCAUCUGCAUGAAGGACACUCACUUCACCAACAUGAUUCAGAACAACAAGGACAUGUUCGAGGAGCCUGGGAGUCUUGCUGCUAAGUCUGUUCUUCAUGAUGAGCUCAAGCCUGUCUUCGAUGGUCCCGAGUCUUGGGGCUUCCGCGUCUUGGUCUGGCGCCUUCACUCUUCCAAGAAGACCUUCUACAUGGAUCGUGAGGGUCAUCCUAUCCCUGGCCGGGCUGGUACUCUGCCUUGGGAUGAGGCUGAGACCAAGAACUGA